UAAGUAAAAACCCCCUUGUGCCCAGCUCAGAGGACACCAAUAGACACUCGGGACCAACUUCACGCAUGAACUGGUUUUGAAAGAGUCGUGUCUCUGACAGUGGGGCUGCACGCGGCAUGCCCGUUCUCUAGGAAUGACUGAAGCGGACGUUUUCAACGCCACGUUGGACGACCUUCCGUACGGCAGUGACCCCACAGGCAACCUUACGGCGCUUUUCGACAACGCCACCGGAAACCUUGCAUCGGAUGAAGUUUUGGGUCCACGUUACCACAAACGAGUCCGGAUCAGCAUUAUCGUCACCAUGAUAAUCCUCUCCGUAGUCGGCAACAGCGUCGUCUGCUGCAACCUACUUGUCAAGCAUCGUCACCGUCGCGUGUCCAAGGCCAGGGUGCUCUUUCUGAACCUCGCCAUCGCCGACCUCCUGGUAGCGUGCGUGACGAUGACCUCGCAGGUAGUGUGGGAGGUGAUGGGCCGUCUGUGGAUCGCUGGCGACGUCUUCUGUCGCUUCUUCAAGUUCCUGCAGACGUUCACGCUCGUCUCCUCCACGUACAUGCUGGUGGCCAUCGCCGUGGACAGGCACAUCGCCAUCGCAACUCCGCUGGCGCCCAGCCCCGACCCGUGGAAGUUGGCCGCAGUCACGUGGGUGGCUUCGUGCAUGCCAUCGCUGCCCAACGUCUAUGUGUUCCACAGCGUCGAAGUGGCACCGGGAAAGUGCUUCUGCGCGUCCAUCUUCUACGACCGCGGCACACCACUCUACCACCGCCAGAUCUACAUGGGGUUCGUGUUCUUCAUGGUGUUUGUGGCGCCGCUCGUACUCCUGAUUGCGUUCCACACUGGAAUACUCUGGACGCUUUGGAAGCACAGCGCGACAGGUCGGAAAGUGGGCCAGCAGACUACUUCGUCGCUUCCGCGGGCAAAGGUGAAAACGUUGAAGAUGACGGCCGUGGUAUUCGGUGCCUUCCUGGUGACCAACGUGCCGUACAUGGUGCAAGAGGCCAUUCUCGCUUUCGGCAACCCCGGCAUCCUGGACGGCAAUGUGGUGGCUCUGUUCGGCGUCAUAUCUGCGUCAAACAGCGCCAUCAAUCCGUACAUCUUCCUGUACUUUCAACGGCCGCGCAAGGACGCCGGCAACGGCGGUUUCUGCCGAAGAGUGUCCCGAAUGGUGCGCGAGUCGCUCACUUGCCGCCUGCUCAACAGGGCCCACACAGAUUCGCAGGUGUCCACUGACCCCGCUGACGCUUACUCGCCGGCGCGACUCCCCAAAGCGUGCAACACCGCAACGAACGGCGACGGAGCACUGACGCCCAAAGACAGGGAGAGCAAAAUGUGUUGAUCGAGCCUGUGUGCAAGAGCCUGUGUGCAAAAGCCUGUGUGCUGGGACCACGUGCGAAUUUUGCACUGUGUUGCUUCGCCGCAAACCUGGUCGCUACGUCGUCAAACGUGUAGCUGCGCUUUGGCGUAACGCCAGGACUUUGGCUCUGACCCGCCAGAAAUGUUCUAGCGAAAAUGGUGGCAUUCGUUUUGAUAUGUGAUGUGCUCAUGCAGUGUCGUUUUACAGACCGUGUCACAAUGGUUUGUGGCAUCACCACAACCUCUCUCGUCAUAACGCGAGAACGGCAGCCGUAGAGUGCGCUGUGCCGGCGGGCUACACCCUUCAGCUGCUGGAGCGUGUUCUCAAGAAAACAGCAGUAUUGGUACUUCAAGUUAACAGCAAGAGUAAAACUGACUACCUGCUGUGUUUGGCAUCAGUGUGUUGCUCAACUAUACCGAUCUGGAAAGAGUUGAACAUUGACUUCAUCACUGGCAGUUACGAACGUUGACUGAACAUGAUGGUGUUCCGAGCGUCCAGGGCUUCGAGCGAUCCCUAGCCUUGUUCUCAAUGUCAUUUAUGCUAAAACAAUAAUUGUACAUCUCGUUUUGUUUAGCUUUAGGGACACCAGAGAAGUUACCUAAGAAAUACUCGAGCAUUUCCUGUGCACAAUAAUUAGAGGUGAAAAAAUGUGUACUGCGCAACGAGAGAGUAUCACGUGUGCACUCUGUACAAGGUAAAUGUCCACAGUGCAACAUGAAAAGCUGUAUCAGUAAAUUGAAAAUAUGCGUACUUUUUUCAGCACAU